CAGGAAUCUUAGAUAUAUAUAUCAAGAAUGAUGAGAUGUUAUUUUAUGAAAAGAGUCCAAUGGUAGUAAAUGUUGGAGAUAUCUAGAAGAUGGCGUUGGAAGCCCGUAACUACUACUCCAACUCGUCCGGCGCCGGAGGUAACACGAUGUGACUGAGUCAACCGGCAAAAGCACGCAAUCAAGUCACCGCCAACCCAAAUUUGUAUUGUCAUAUACUCACGGUUGUUGGUGCUGCUGUUGUUUUACCCUCGUCACUGCCAUACCUAGGGAUACGUAGGAGAGCUACAAGUGUAGUCUUGUUGAGGAGCUGGUGAAUCCUAUAAGCCAAAAAAUCACAAUGGCGUCGUCUUCGGUAUAUACAAAGGAGCAGAUCGACCAAUUCCUGGACCACAUCCAGCUGCCCGAGAAAUACCGUCAUGCACCCCCAUCAUACGACCUCCUCAGGGCGCUGCACACCCACAUGCUGGCCGCCGCGCCCUACGAGAACCUGGCCAUACACUACAACCCGUCCCACGCCGUCGUGCUCGACCCCGAGCACCUGUUCCGGAAGAUCGUGCUGGACAAGCGGGGCCGCGGCGGCUACUGCAUGGAGAACGCCAUCCUGUACAACCACAUGCUCGUCGGCCUCGGCUUCGACUCCUACACCGUCGGCGUCCGGACGCGUCUGCGCGACGGCGGCGUUCCGAAGGGCGACUUCCCCGGGUGGGUGCACAUCGUGAGCAUCGUCGAGUUCGCCGACGGGUCCAGGUACCACGUCGACAUCGCCUUCGGCGGCGACUGCGCCACGCGGCCCCUGCCGCUCGUCGACGGCCUCGUGCACGCGAACAUCGGCGCGCAGGAGAUCCGCCUCGUGCGCGACUGGAUCCCCACGCAGCUGAAGCGCACCGAGGACUCCAAGCUCUGGAUCUACGAGUACCGCAACGGCGCCGACAAGCCGUGGAAUCCAUUCUACUGCUUCACGCUGGUGGAGUUCAUGCCGAAUGACUGGGAGGUGAUCAAUGUGUACGCUAGCACGAGCCCCAAGUCCUGGCAGACCAAGACCGUCAUCACCAUCAAGUUCCUCCGCCGUGCGCGCGCCGGCGGCGACAAAGACGAUGAGCAGGAGAUCUAUGGCAAGCGCAUGCUGGUGAACGACGUGGUCAAGGAGAAUCUCGGCGGUAGGACGGAAGUCAUAUAUGAAUGCAAGACGGAGGAAGAUCGGGUCGUGGCGUUAGAGAAGUAUUUCGACCUAAAGCUGACGGAGGAGGAGAAGAGCGCCAUCAAAGGUUGGAGAACUGCGCUGCCGUGAGUGAGCACAUGAUUGAUUGCAAUGCUGUCUUUACUUUUCCAAGCUUCUUCUUUCUCUUUCUUCCCUGAUUCUUGUCACGGUAGAGAAUAGAAUCUGUUAGAGGACUGGUGCUCGGAUGUAGCAUUAGAGAAUAACUAGAUAAUUCAAUGGCAGUAACUGCCCUAAGAUUUUAAGCUGCUGUUAAGCCAAGUGGUAAUUCUAGAACGAGGUCCACCCCAUUACAUACC